UUUUUUGCUUUUUUGUCUUCGGAUUUUUUCUGUCAAAUUGGAGAGAGAGAGGGAUAGGCCAGGCUGGUUGAGCUUGGUUUGCAGUGGCUGUAACAAGGUGGGUGGACGUUAUUUGAAUGAAAGUUGAGUGUUCGUGGAAUGGUUUUGUGAGCAGACCCGAGUAUUUCACAGUAGGUGAGUUACUGGAUCGCUGGGGCUGACAAGGAUCGCAAGGAUUGGAGUCUUUCUUAUGGAUUAUCGGAGCCUUGGAUAGAUUGAAAAGAAUUCCGGGCUAGGCUUUCGUCUAACGGCACACAACGCUUGCAGAAGAAGUAGACACUGUGAUCUUUUCAAGUGUUCAUAGGGUCGGAAGUGUAGUUGCCACUUAUUGUUUUCAAGUAUCAGUACUGGAAGAGACGGCUUAUUUUGUAGCGUGAGUCACAGUGAGGAUGUGUUCGCGGAUUCGCUUUCGGUCUGAGCAGCUCCAAGGUUAUUCUGCUACAUGGGUAAAUUAGGAAUUGCCUUGGUCCCCUGACACAGGGCUUGGUACGAAGAGUUCUUGAUAUGACGCGGAAUAUUUUUGGGUUGCGGUACAGACUGCUUUUAGUUGUUGCGAGGGUUCAUAUCGUGUGGAGAAGGGGAAGCGUUGGAGAACUUUUGUGUUUUAUCGCUGCAAAUGCUGCGGAUCGUAUAGAAUAGGCAGGCAUGUUGAGCAAUGCGACUGUCUCUUGCAACGUACCCAAAUAGAUUUGCAAGUAGGUUCAUGAUGGGGUCCAAAUUACCGAAACGUCUGGAAUUUGAGUCGACGCUAUGUAAAUGAGGAAUCCCCGAAGUGCAUUUUUCUCGAGUUGGGGUGUUUGUCAGACUUGGAGACUUUGCUUUGCUUCUUGGGUUGUUAGAGUGUUUGGCGGGGAGAGGGCGUCUUUGCAGUUGUCUUUAUGUCGGUGGAUUAGUGUGCGGUAGGGUCGUUGUUUGGCAGCGGAGUAUGAUUUCAACGACGAUCUUCAGAAUGCUAAGCUUGCCGUUCUUCCUCUUUAUAAGGGUAGUUUUGAAGAUGUUUGGAAGCAUAUGCGACGAGUGAUUUGGGAGGGUUUGACGAUUUCAAAAUUCGAGCGCCUAUAGGAUGUCAUGAAGUGUGCGGUUUCAUGCUAAGCAUGCAUGGUCGAAUGGCAGCUUCUAAGAGAGACUCUAAUCGCGAAUCACAUGCUAAAAAGUUUACAUAGAUCUGUGAGGAUAUAACUGCAAGCCCUGAAUAUGCUGUGGCUUUCAAAGGGAAGUUUUGCUCAAGUCUGUAGAAGCUUGGAGUCUGGAUUUCGUGUUCUAAUACGAGCACGUUUGUGAGGAAGUCGUUGCAAUUUAGAUAUAACCGUGGAUGCACUAAGGUUUUAUGCAAUUGAAGCGGGAAGUCUGAAUGUGAGGCUUUGCAACUAAGCUUGGAGCUGUGUCGACUUGGGAUCAAUUUUAUUAAAACGUCGACGGUGUUUGAACGGCGUAUGGGCAUCCUCCAGGCGAAGAGUGCGCGAGUUAGGGCUGUGAUUUAGGCGACCAAUUCUAGUCUUGCUUUUUGGUGAAGUUCCACCGCCUGUUGAGGGACUGAAAGUAAACAAAAUUACGCGGCCAAGAUGGUGCAUUUUGGACACUAUAUGUUGGCCAACCAAAUCCCCGACUGGGAAGAAUACUAUAUUGGGUACAAGACGCUAAAGAAAAGGAUAAAGCAUUACUCUGGACGUGCUCAAGCCUCGGAUAUAUCAGAGGAGGAGCGCCAUGAGAUUGUGAAAUCGUUUUCGGAACUUUUGGACUCUCAGGUAGAGAAGAUCGUAUUGUUUCUAAUUGAGAGGCAAGGACUUCUAGCACAGCGGUUGCAAGAAUUGCGCAAGCAGAGAGAGAUGGAUAACCAAGACUACUGUGAAGAUGAUGAGAUUGGGGAGCCUCCAUCUGGCGUGGCAAUAGUGCCCCGGCUUAUGAUGGAUGAAUAUAGGCAAAUUGGGUACGAUCUUCUUCAACUAUUGCACUUUGUAGAGCUCAAUGUUACAGGGCUACGGAAGAUAUUGAAAAAGUUUGACAAACGGGUUGGUUUUCGUCUUGGCCAUCAAUACAUAGCCUCUAGGGCCAAUCACCCUUACUCACAGCUUCAGCAGGUGUUUCGCCAAGUGGGAUUAGGGGCUAUGGUGGCAACCAUAUCUCGCAAUCUAGCCGAGUUAAGACAGGAGAACUUGGAAACGAGCUCUACGAGUAGCGCAUUGUCUCUUUUCCGUAAUUCUUCCCUUCCAAGACGGGUUGUUGAGCACGAGCCAGUUAUUCAGUCGAUUGUAGAGACCAUGCAUCGUCUGACUCGAGAGGUCAGUAUUCAAUCUUUUGUGGCUAAUGAGCUUCUCCUACCAGCACCGAAGGAGGAGAUUUCUGGAAUGCUCCGGAAACAGGAGGAUUAUCACUUCAUGUCUAUACAACUCAAUCUCAUGAACACUUUCCUUUACAUGGUGAACUAUUACAUUGUGGUGCCAUCUUCGGAUGAGUAUGCUCAGUUACUACAUGCCCCAGCCACUUUAUGUGGAGUAAUUAUAGGAUCUAUGCCCCUGUCAGCUCUUGUGUCCUCUCUUGUAUACAGCUGGUGGUCGAAUUUCUCUUACACUUCGCCUCUCAUAGUCAGUACUUUGGUCUUGAUCGCUGGCAACUUGAUGUAUGCGUUGGCGCUGCCGUUCAACUCCAUUUGGCUGCUCCUCCUUGGCCGCUUUUUGUGCGGGUUGGGUGGUGCUAGGGCGAUUAACCGGAGAUACAUCUCUGACCACGUUCCAACGAAGCAGCUUACAAGUGCCUCUGCAGCCUUUGUGAGCGCCAGUGCUCUGGGAAUGGCGGUUGGACCAGCUCUUGCGGGUGCUCUGAGUAAACUCAAUUUCAAGAUUUAUGGAGCGCCUGUGAAUUUUGUGACUUCCCCAGGAUGGAUGAUGUUUGUUGCCUGGGCUAUCUACUUGCUUCUAAUUGUGCUGUUUUUCAAAGAACCCGAAAGGCCUCAAUCAACUGUAUCUAUCUCAAGACAUGUCUCUGAGAAAAAUCUGGCUGGCAUGGAUGGCACCUCGCGAACUCCUUCAACAUUGAAUCAGCCUCUGUUGUCGACACCGUCAGGAAAUGUUCCUAGUGCAUUUACUCUUAACUUGCCUAAAGAUCAGCUGUCGGACGAAGAAGAAGGCGAGGGUGAUGAUUCAGAUUAUGGUGAUGAUAAAGCGGUUGAGACAUUGGGCGAGCUUAUGAAGGAGUUAACCAUGCCUGUCAGAAUACUUUUGUGGAUCUACUUCAUGCUCAAAUUUGCUUCUGAGCUUCUCAUUUCUGAAUCCAGCUUAUUGACCCAAUAUUACUUUAAUUGGAGUACAUAUCAGGUUUCUCUCUUUUUGUCCGUUUUAGGAUUGACCGUGCUGCCGAUUAGUGCUGUUGUUGGAAAUUACAUCAGUAACAUCUACGAAGACAGGUUGGUGGUUUUGUGGACACAAAUCACCACUGGAGUUGGUGUCAUUGCCAUUCUCUGCUACAGUCCCUUUUUACCUUACCGUGCAUACCAGUAUAUAGCUGCAGCAGUUAUCAUAUUUGUCUCCACGAACGUGCUUGAAGGGGUGAACAUGUCACUACUGUCAAAGACCAUGUCCCCACGACUUUCCAGAGGAGUAUUCAACUGUGGUCUCCUCUCUACGGAGGCUGGUACACUUGCUCGUGCUUUGGCGGACGGGAUGAUCACCGUCGCAGGAAAAGCUGGCGUGGGAAAUCUCCUCAACUUAACCAUGUUCCCCACCCUCUUCAUCGUUGCGUUCACGACUGUGUACACAUGGAUCGGCUACUACACCUUGUAUUGAGCAUUCCUUUCUUCGACAGCUCUCUGGCUGUUCAUUUUGAAGGCGUAAAAUCGAUUUUUUCAAAUGAUUAUUUUCUCUGUACCCUGAUCCUCAACUUGCUUCCAAGCACAUAUGUAUAUGAGAAGAUUAGACGUCGAAAUCGAGCUACUGCAGUUAAUGUUUGGAAAGAGGUCGAGUAUCAAAAGGGAUUUCCUUUCUGCACCACCGGGUAACUGAGCGGUUCCCCGUGUUGAUCUGCGAUAUGGUUUCCGAAGUUCUGUAUUAUUAAGUCGAGCGUUCAGACUAUUCCGUUCUGAACGACUUGCAGAAAAACUAACAGCUUGUACGAUUGCAGGGCUGCAGAAGCAGUUUAGCAUAUUCUUAUUGAUGAAUCUUCCCCCUCAAGGUUAUAUCAUUUUAAGAUUGGAACCUCGAAUUUAUGUUUGAUUUUGAGGUUCUGACCUACAUUGUGAAUACCACAAUUGGUGUUUUUAGAAAUCUCAGGUCCGGAAUGUUUUGCUGACAUUGGUCGUAUGAUGCGUCUUUAUUAUUUUGGUGUGACUAAUAAGUGAUUUUGAUGUUAUUUUCACUAGGUAUCAUUUCUGAAGGUUAACGAAUACAUAUUGUACAAGCGCUGAUAGUUGCAGUUGUUUGUAUGUCGCGUAGGUCAAUCUCUCUACUUCUGAGAUUGAUUAUUACUUAUUUGUAAUAGGCUAGUUGUUGGUACACUCGUACUGAAUCAUUUAAUAUGUUUUGUAUACCGAAAUUUCCAACACAUUUUAACUUUAA